AUGAACCCGUCCGAUUCGCUUCGUAGAACGUGGAUGUCAUUGUGUCUUGCCCUCAUCCUCCCCUUCCCACAACCCCUCCAUCCCCUUCGUCCCCGCGCCCUCUCCAGGAACGCCAUCGGCAAUUACAACCUCCUCGUCGAGGCGCUCCUGGUCGACGCGGCGGGCAGUCCGCCCGACUCGCUCGCGAUCGUAAAGGGCGCCGUGUGCGACGCCGCUGCGACUGACGUCCUAGCGCUGCCGCUCGCCGUGUCGGACUGGCAGCAGCGCGCGGGGUGGUGGCUGCUGCACGCGGAGGCGCGCCUCGACGCGUUCCUCGAGAACGCGGACGCCGCCACCCUCGACGUGCUGCUCGCGGUUCUCCCCAACGCCUCGCUUCCGCGCAAGAACGGCGGGCGCAACGGCGGAGGCAGCGCGGGUGGCGUGCAGAACGGGCAGGGCGGGAGACGCAUGGGGCGGGAACUGCUGAUGCGCGCAGUGGGUCGCGCUGCCAGGCAGGCGGGGCAGAAGCAGGGGGGGCAGCAGCAGCCGCCUGCAGGUGGCUUUUCAGGUCGACUUCCAGGUGGUGAUGGCGGGGUGAACAGCACAGUGAGCGGGUAUGCUGUGCUGGCGGGCAGCAGCGCAGCAGGUGUUGCUUAUGCUGUGGAGCUUGUUGGAAACAAGUAA